AUGGCUUCCUGGCCCGACCCUCCCCUGCGCUCAGCCUUUGCAAAAACAGCCGCUGCCGGCGCUACGGACGCCGCGGCUCCGGCUGCUGCGGGCGGUGAGGAUGCUACUGCCACAGCUUGCCCCACCGCGGCUCGCGCGGCUGUCCGUGUGCGAACUGAGGCUGCUCCCCGCCGCCAUGACAGCGCCGAGGGCCUCGGGGCGCGGCGUGCGCGUGCGCGAGCGCGCGGGGCGGCGGGGCAGGCGGGCACGCGCGAAGGCGGGGGCGACUGGCGGCGGCUGUUGGGUGGGGACGCGAGGGGAGCCUCCCGGGCGGGGGCCGGCGGGGACGCCCGCUUGCUGGCAGGACCGCGGUUGAAGGCGGGAGCCUUAGCGGGCGCUCCGCACGGACACCAGAGCCUCCUGGCGCGGACGGAACCCGCCUCUCGCUGCCAAGGUGUCUUCUUGGAAUCGAAGAAGGACACCUGAGGGACCGUUACUAGCCAGAGAGGUGGCAGCGCCGGAGUCACCGAGGCUGCCGUGCUCGUCUAAGGGGAGCAGAGUCCCCACCCCUGACAGCUUGCCGCUGCUGCCCGCCUGCCGCGCCCGGCGAAAACUCGGAAAGAGAUUUCCACUGGGAUGCCCUGCCAGCUGCCACCUUCAUUCGGAAGGCGGUGUGGGGCUAAAGAUCCUGAGGACGAGGAACGGGAAAGAUUCCUUGCUUUACAGCUGCCGCCCCACCAAACCUCUCCCACAUUCUAAGCAAAGGAGGAUUCCUGGGACAGCUGCUCCGAACAGCGUGGAGGCGGGGUUAAUUUGCGCCUAGAUCGCUGAGGGGUGUUUUUCCUCUCCUGAUCUUCUAAUUUGAAAGUUAGGUUCGCAUCGUUCUCAGUUUAAGAGACCAAUUAUAUGGGGAUAGAAACCAGCACAGGUCAUCAUAAUCUGGGCCCCUCCCGUCCACUCCCACUAUUAAGGUUACUGUUAACAUUAUUAACAGUAAAGCAUUCUUCCUGA